UGGAGGAGCAAAAACGAUUCGUCUACAUCUUCACCCGGACUGGCCACCCCCUUCAAAUCUUUGCAAAUUGGCGAGGAGGGCGGGGGCGCAGGCCUGCUGCCCAUCAUUGCCAGCGAGCACAUCGUGCCGGGCGAGCUGCUAGGCGGCCGUGCCCUGCGCGAGUGGCGCCGUGCCGUCGUACACGGUACCGACGUCAUCGUCAGCCGCCAGCGUAGCGACGACAACCCGCCCGCCGCUACUCGACGGGCCAACCUGCAGGCCUACGCCCUGCUGCGCCACCCCCACAUCGUGACCCUGCUGGCCGCCACCACCCACGGCGAGGUCAUCACCGAGGUGUGCGACUACGACCUCCUGCCCGCACCCGGACCGAGCUCGGGCUCGGCCAAGGAGGAGCGGCGGCGCUCGAUCUCGCUGCUGCGCAUGUUGGCCUACGCGCGCGACAUCGCGCAGGCCCUGGCCUGGGCGCACAGCAUGCACGUGAUUCACAGGGACGUCAAGCCCUCGCACUGGCUGGUGGUGGGCAACCGAGCCAAGUUGGGCGGGUGGAUGUUCGCCGAGGUGCAGCGGGGUGACAUGCACCCCAAGCCCGACGAUCACUUUCACGGGACACCGCUGUACAUGGGAAAGCCGAUGGUAGGCUUUGGUCUGGCGAUGUGGGAGGUGAUCCACAACGACUUCGCCUUCUCCGGCUUCGACGACCUCCUCGCCUUCCGUGAGGCUGUUACGGACCGAAUGGAGCGGCCGCUGCUCUCCGACGACACGAUGCCCGUAGCGGUGAACAGGCUCAUCGCGCGGUGCUGGGCUCAAUCUCCCGCCCAACGCCCCACCAUGCUCGAGGUCGUGGCCAGCCUGACCAGGAUCAUCACCGCCCUCGAGUUGCUCGCAGGCACCACGAGCGUCCAGUGA